UUCUGCGCAUGAGCCGCUCGGGCUCGUCGCCGAAAUCUCAGCCCUGGAAGUGCGCUCUGUUUCCGCACUCAUGGCGUCUGCGUGGGGCUGGGCGCAGCGCUGAAUCGCAGGACGACGACUGACAGGGGCGCGCCAGCGAGGGCCGACUUCGAGGACGGUGCCUUAGCCUCGGUGGAGUUUAAUGCCCUUUUCCCGGACGGCUUGUGCGGUUAUUUGCGACUGAGCAUGCUGCGUGUCCCUCUCUGCACACCGCCUAUACUGCGUCAUUAAAGCUUGAAUAUCGCAGCCUGUUUUCGACACCAGUUCCUCCCUUUGAAAGACUCAGAAGCCAUAGGCGGCCUCAGUACUUUAGCUGCCAAAGAGGUUUAACUGGACAAAAAGUUUGCUUUUCAGGGAAGUGGUCGAUCGCGCCUGCUGUGUCGCUUCGGGUUUGACCGCGGCUGGCUGGGGCUGAUCGGCACCAAGACGCACCGACUCCGGUGCAGACUGCGCGCUGCCUGCGUCCUUACUGUGCAACUCAGGGCUCAUGUCAGGUCCUGCACAUGUUCGAUAUGUGUCCUUGACACUGUCAACGGAAAGUACAAGCAAAGCAAAAAGCAAAAAACCUCCGCAUAAAGCGUACUUAAGCCAUACAUUUAUUUGAGCACCCCGCUUUGCUUCGUUUUAGAUGAGUUGUAGAGCUGUGGGGCGUGAACUGUUUGGGGAAAGGAUGUAGCCGAUAUUUUAAGUGGUAGACUAAAUUCAUAUGGACAUAGGGGAUGUGUAGUUUUAUUUGUAACCGUUAAUGUCUCGGUUGCAUAGCAGAGGAAGCGGCGCUGCCGUAGAUCCCCCGUCGGUAUUUUGAUAGCCAUGCACGGAGCCUGGAAAAGGCUGCUGUGUCCAACCUAGCUGUGUAACGCAGAGAGAAGGCAGCUUGUUCAUCUAGAGCCGGGCACCUCGUAAGCGAAUGCAUUCACGAUAGAUAAUUUAGACGGAUGAUUUCGCCUUGCGGGUGAACCCCGGUCCGGCGGCGCAGAUCUGGGCUGACAGGGGGGCGUGAGUCACAGAACUUCAACGCUGAAUUUCUCUUCGAUGACCCUGACUGCAGAAUAUGGUGUAGAUACCUCACGACUCAAACCAGGAACGACACAUGGAUCAAGUGGGACUGAAAGGCAGCGACGUGCAGGAUGACGGCCUGACUUUGGAUUACAGUGACAAGGAGGCAGAAGGGACGUUUCCCAGCAUGCCCGGCAGCGGCAUGUCUGUGCCAUCCGCUCCCAGAAAGCAGUCGAGCUCCGGGGAGGUAUCCAACGGGCUGGGCGGCGCCCCUCCCACAGAGGAGCACACCUCGCCCUCCCUGGGCUUUUAUGCAGUGGGGCCUGACUCCAUGGUGCUAGGGAUUGACCAGAAGGCAGCCAUCCUGCACUUCCAGAACACAAGCAUGUUAGGCCUGGAGGAUAACUUAACUCGCCUGGAGGCGAGCAUCGCUGACCUGGGCCGCACCAGCACCUCCAUGGACUCCCUCAUCGGCGGGACCGACACGGACCUCUUCUUGAAAACGGAGGAUCUGUCACCCCCCGACUUGGAGCAGGAGCCUUUUGAGGUGGUUGGGAAGGACACCCUGAAGGGCUUGGGAUUCUCGUCCGCCAGCGCCCUCGACAUCCUGCCGGACUUCGAACUGACGGGCUCCCCCUGCGAGCUGAACGAUUUCUACGUGGGCGAUGAGGCUGCCUUCCUCUCGACGCUGGCGGUGGACGACUCGCUCCUGGCCGACUUCAGCACAGCGGUGAAGGACGCAAAGCCCGUCGGCUGCAGCAACGGCGGGGGGGAUGACCAACGGGCGCCGGAGGCCAGCGUCCCCCCCUCAGAGAUUAAGAUGGAGAAGGAUGCCUGCAUCCAGCUGUGCACCCCCGGCGUGAUUAAGCAGGAGAUGGAGCCCAAGACCUACUGUAGCCUGAGCACCUCGCCGAUCUCCAUCUGUGGCGUGAGCACCUCCGGUGGCCAGGGCUACCAGUACGGCGUCAGCGCCUCUGCUUCGUCGGCGGUCCGCCAGCUUGACCAGAAGCCCAUCUUCGUGGCUCGGCCUCUGCCCUCCUCCGUGGAAACGCCGGGUGGCACCUGCCAGGUGUACGGGGACCUGGCUGGGAUCCCCAGGGGCAGCGGGUCCUUCUCCAGCGGCCUUGCUUUUGUUCCUCCCUUCAUCAGUCCCAUGGCCAGAACCAGCACCAGCGCAUCUGUGGCUGCGGGUCCCGGGAAGGCUGGCGGAGCGGUCCACAAGAUCUGCCUGGUGUGCUCAGACGAGGCAUCCGGCUGCCAUUACGGGGUGCUGACCUGCGGGAGCUGCAAGGUCUUCUUCAAGAGGGCUGUGGAAGGGCAGCAUAAUUACCUGUGCGCCGGGAGGAACGACUGCAUCAUCGACAAGAUCCGGAGGAAGAACUGCCCAGCUUGCCGUUAUCGGAAAUGUCUGCAGGCCGGCAUGAACCUGGAAGCAAGAAAAACUAAGAAGAUGAACAGACUGAAGGGGGUGCAGCCGGCGGCCAUGGUGGAGCCCCCCCCUGCGGCCAUGGUGGAGCCUCGCACCCUGGUGCCGAAGUCCAUGCCUCAGCUCAUCCCCACCAUGUUGUCACUGCUGAAGGCCAUCGAGCCGGAGACCAUCUACGCGGGUUACGACAGCACCAUCCCCGACACCUCCACCCGCCUCAUGACCACGCUGAACAGGCUGGGCGGCCGCCAGGUCAUCUCCGCCGUUAAGUGGGCCAAGGCCCUGCCAGGUGAGGAGUGGGCCCCGCUCACUGCCCCGCUGCGUGAUGGGCCCCGUUCACUGCCCCGCUGCGUGAUGGGCCCCGCGCACUGCCCCGCUGCGUGAUGGGCCCCGCGCACUGCCCCGCUGCGUGAUGGGCCCCGCUCACUGCCCCGCUGCGUGAUGGGCCCCGCUCACUGCCCCGCUGCGUGAUGGGCCCCGCUCA